AUGGAAUCAACAAGUUCGAGUGAAAUUUCAGUUCCAUUAUUUGAAGCAUCAUUUGUUGAACCAAAACUUUUUGGAUCUCUUGCGAAAGUCGUAAAAAUUCCAAACAUCCAAGAAGCCAUCCUAACAAUUACUGAAGAAGGAAUUAUGUUGCAAUCUGGUCGAACACAGCUUACCCAAGUGUGCGCGUUCAUAGACAAAAGAAAUUUUCUAACAUAUGACUUAAAUAUUCAAAAUGGUCUGCAUGCAUUGCGCAUGGCGAUACCCAGAAUGCAACUUGAGAAAGUCCUUACUUUGUAUCCGGAAGACAUGAAUCAAAUUGACAGUAGCUUCUUUCGUAAUGGGGAAUGUGUACCUUACGGAAUAAUUACGUGGACUUUCAUCUGCCACACGGAAAAUGCGAUGUGUGUUAAGGUUGAUCGAGAGAACGAUUUCCAUUCUACUUACCCGCUGGACGUUAUCUUGGCCAAUCCUCUUGAAGUUUUUACUCCAGAUGAACAAAAUCUGGCAUUGGAAAUGGAGAUGCGAGGUAGCAAGUUUAAGACAUUGUUUAAGAAUGUACUCAAAUGCAAAAAAAAGUUUCAAUUUCAAAGUUCAUCACGAGACAUCUUGGCCAUCGUAUCGCGUACACAUCAACCCGAAUAUUACGGAUUUAAGUGCGAGAUUUCGCGCUCCAAUGUGAUAUAUAGUUCACCAAAUCUCUCGGAAUUUAACUUCUGCUAUUAUGGAAAGUAUUUAACCUCGGAUUUUUAUAACUCCGUUCGUGACGAAGGAACCAUAAAAAUUGAAGUUUAUAACGAUGGCAUGCUGCACAUUCAGAACAAAAAGAUCAAAGACAUGACAUACGGAUUCAAAUUGGAACUCGUGAUUUAUCCCGUUACGCCUGAUGUAUGA